AUUGAAAAGGACCCACGUCAAUCGUCUUCUAAGAUCAUGCAUACACUCCUCUAACCGUACUACUCUCUCCUUCCCCAUUUUUUUUUUUUCCGUUUCCGGCCACAAAUAAACCCUACUUUCUUUUAACAAGUAAACCCUAGUUUUCACCUUUCCAAACUCUCAGUUUUUCCAACAAAACUUGUGGGUUUUUUUCUGUUCAGUUCAUGAUUUUUUUUUGCCAUUCUGUACUGCACUAACUGUUGAAAAAACCACUUCUUUUUUUGGGUUCUUGAUUUCUGUUGUAUGUAUUUUGUUGGUGAAGAAAAAUGGGUAUACUGGAAAAGAUAUCGGAAGCAUUGCAUAACAACGAGGAGAACACAGUGGAGCUGAGGAGAAAAAUGUUGAAGUUGAUAUUAGAAUGCGGUGAUGUUGGGAAGGGUUUGAAAUUGUCCAACAACUGUUUGAAAGAAUGCGUCAGUGAGAUGGAGUCGAAAGGGUUGAAGGAACUGGAGUUAAAAUGGAAGGAGUUGAGUGUGGCGAGGAAAGGGUUUGCUGAGACGGUGAAGUUAAGGGAGGAGAAGUUGAAUGAUCAGGAGAAGAUGGUGGAGAGGUUAUGGGAGGAGGUUGAGUUUGAGAGGAAGCAAAUAGGGGAUUUGGAGGAGAAGUUGAUUGGGCUUAAUGUGAAGGAGAAGGAGUUGAACAAGCUUCAGACUUGGAUAAGGCAUGAGACGCAGGCUCGUGAGGUGAAAGAACAAGAAUUGGAUAAAAAGAUGGAGGAAUUUGAGAGGAUGAAGGAGUUUGAAGUUAAUGGAAUGGGGUUGGAGUCUGUAAAGAAAGAACUAAAGGUAAACCAGAAUAACUUGGAUCAUGUGAAAAAGGAACUAAAGGAGAAGGAAAGUAACUUGGAGUCUGUGAAGAAGGGUGUUAGUUUCCAGGAAGGUAAGUUGGAUAAUGUAAAGAAAGAACUAACGGUAAACCAGAAUAACUUGGAUCAUGUGGAGAAAGAACUAAAGGAGAAGGAAAGUAACUUGGCGUCUGUGAAGAAGGGUGUCAGUUUCCAGGAAGGUAAGUUGGAUGGUAUGAAGAAAGAACUGUGGGUGCUCCAGAAUAGCUUGGAUGAUGUAAAAAAAGAACUAAAGGAGAAUAAAAAUAUCUGCGAGUCUGUGAAGGAAGAAUUAAAAACAAAGGAAAGCAAAUUGGGGGCUUUGAAGGAAGAAAUUGGAGAAAAGGAAAACAACUUGGAAGCUGUGAACAAGGAACUUGGUGUGAAGGAAAAUAGGUUGUCUGGUGUGAAGAAAGUAUUAACAGUGAAGGGAAGCAGGUUAUAUAGUUUGGAGGAGGAACUUAGAGAAAAGGAAAAAAAAUUAGAUUAUGUGAAAAAGGAUUUAAACGAGAAUCAAAAUAAGUUGGAGUCUGUGAAGAAGGAUCUAGCUGACGAGGAAAGUAAGUUGGAUAGUGUGAAGAAAGUGGUUGGAGUAAAUGAAAGUACAUUGGAGAUUUUGAAGAGCAAAGUUAUAGAAAAGGAAAAUAACUUGGAAGCUGUGAACAAGGCACUUGUUGUUGAGGAAAAUAGGUUGGCUGGUGUGAAGCAAGUAUUAACAGUGAAGGAAAGUAAAUUAGGUUAUCUGGACAAGGAACUUAGAGAAAAGGAAAAAACAAUGGAUUUUGUGAAAAAGGAACUAAGGGAGAAGGAAAGUAACUUAGAUUUUAUGGGGAAGGAACUUAUAGAGAAGGAAAAGCAGUUGGACUACGUGAACAAGGAACUAAGGCAGGCGGAAACUAACUUGGAUUUUAUGAAGAAGGAAUUAACUGAUAAGGAAAACAUCUUGGAUAGUAUGAACAAAGAAGUGACAUUGAAGGGAAGUAACUUAGAAGUUGUGACGAAGGAACUCAAAGAAAUGGUAAGAGACUUGGAUUUUGUCAAAAAGGAGCUGAGGGAGAAGGAGAACGAAUUGAAAUCUGUGAGAAACGAAGUCAAAGCGGAAGCAGAUAACUUGAAUGCUCUUAGAAAGCAAGUUGAAUCUGAUGAGGAAAUCUUGUCCUCAAAGAUGAAGGAACUUGAGCACAAGGAGAAAUUUCUGGGUGCAAUGAAGAAGAAAAUUGAACUUCAGGAGGAACACUUGAAAUCAUUGAGUGAGAGACUCCAUUUAAGGGAGAGAGAACUUGAUUCUACUCAAGAAGCAUAUAUGCCGCGUAUUGAAGAACUUAAUUCAAAGGAGAAGAAGCUGGAUUUAGCAGAGGAAUUGAUGAAAAAAAGCCAUGAGGAGUUUCAAUCUGAAAAGAGACAAUAUCUGAUAGAGCAAGGACUUUUUGAGCAACGCAUGAAAAAUGUUAUACUUGGAGAGGAGAGGAUCAAGGAUAGAUUAGAAGAGCUUGAAUCAAGAGAGAAACUCUGUGAGAAUUGGUGUAAAGAGCUCGGAGAGAAAGAGAAGCAGUUAAAUGCUUUUCCUAAUGCACUCAUAAAGACAGAACCUUCUGAAGAUGUAGGAGUGGACAGGGCCACUACUAUUGUAGGACCUUCUGAAGAUGUAGGAGUGGACAGGGUCACUUCUAUUGUAGGUGAUUCUGCUGUCACAAGAUUUGUUGUGAUUGUGGAUGGUAAGAGUUUACAGAUAUUCUUAAAUGAGCAUGAGAAGGAGCUGGAUUUGAUGUCUGAUGGUAUUUUUGAGGCUCUUCAGAUGUCUCCUGACCCUGCAAAAUUGGUGCUUGAUGCUAUGGAAGGGUUCUAUCCUCCCCAUUUGAGAAAGGGCGAAACAGAGUUUGAGGGUAGUGUUACCCGACAGAGCUGCAUUCUUCUGUUAGAGCAGUUAAUUAGGGUCUCACCAGAGAUCCAAGGUUCUGCAAGGGAAGUAGCAAGAGACACUGCAAGUGAUUGGAAGGUUAAAAUGAAGGCUACAAAAGGGAAUCAAGACGAGAUCUUGGGUUUCUUGUAUCUUCUGGCUGCGUACAAUUUGGUUUCUUCCUUUGAUGCUGAUGAGCUUUUUAUCCUGCUGGAGAUUGUUGCUAAGCAUGACAAAUUUUCAGAAUUGUGUCGUGCUCGUGGUAUGAAGCAGAAUUUACCUAGUUUUGUCCAGAAUCUUCUAACCAAGCAGCAACAUCUUGAAGCUAUCAGAUAUGCUUAUGCUUUUGAACUAGCGGGCCAUUUCCAACCCAUAGCCAUUCUGAAAGAUUACUUGGAAUCUGUUGAACGUAAUUAUGUGGAUGUCUUUGAGAAGGAGACAUGCUCAGCCAAAGAAAAGAUUGAAGCCAUUGAACUAAGGGUUGCUUCUGUCAGAGCUGUUAUCAAAUUUAUUCUGGAUUACAAUCUUCAGUCUCAAUAUCCGGUAAAGCAAUUUGAGGAGCAGAUAGAAUUGCUUACAAGGCAGAAGGAAGAUCAAGCUGCAUUAGCUCUCAUUUCUGAGGCCAAAAGGACAGAGCCAGCUAAUGUGAAUCAGAUGGGAUCUACUAAUCCAUCUAUACACACAGGCUUCUCUGCUAAAGCCUGCGCUUGCACUUUAGGUCUGUCAAAUGCUAUGGCAAUUAUCAUUAUGAAUAUGAGUGGAAAGAAUUUGCAGAAGUUUUUAAAUAAGCAUUUGAAGGAGCACAAGUUGUUGCGCAGUGAAGUCUUUAGUGCUCUUCGCAUGUCCUUGGACUCGGAUAUGCUUGUGUUGGAAGCACUGGAAGGGUUUUAUCCUCCCGACCAUCAGAAAGAAGAGAUUGGAUUUCAUCGUGACAUUAUCAGGCAGAGUUGCAUCCUUUUAUUAGAACAAUUUAUGGAACUUCCACCGGAGAUCAAACCAGAGGCUAAAUUAGAAGCAAGCAAGCUUGCAUUGGCCUGGAAAGCUAAGAUGAUUUCUGGAAAGGAAGACCAGUUGGCAAUCUUGGGGUUUCUGCUUUUUGUAGGUUGCUACAGAUUGGCAUCUGCCUUCGGUAAAGAUGAACUUGGGAGUUUGUAUCACAAGGUUGCACAUCGUGUAAAUACAUCUAAAAUUUGUCACGCCCUUGACAUUUCAGAUAAUACUUCAAGAAGUGAUGAUUUUCGUUCCAUAGAAAAAUCCAAGAGACAUCAGGCUCAAGGCUGUACAGAUGAAUCUAUUUGCAACAACAUGACUAUGGAAAGCGAAGGACACAAUGUAAUCUGCAAUUGUGCUUCAAGUUUAUGUUGUACUUCGGAUAUUGCUUUGCUUGUAUUGGAUGUUUUCCGGAGCUUUCAUCCCACAAAAAUAGUGAGGUGUGAAAACCUCCCAUUAGUAAUGAGGAGUUUCUCGGAUCUGUUGGACCAGCUUGGAGCAGUUUCUCCAGAAAUUGAACGCCAUGUUAAAGAGGAGGCUUCCGAGUUUGCAUUUGACUGGUAUUCUACAUUGAUAGGAUCCCAACUAACUCCUAUUGAGGUUGUGGCAUUUCUGCAGCUUUUAGCUAUUUAUGAAAUAGCAGACUCUUUCCAUUCAGAUAAACUUUUAGGUCUCCUGGAGAAAGUUCAGCCAACUGAAAGGGUUGUUACUUGGGUCAAAAUCCUUGGGUUGACAGAUGAGAUCCAAUGCUUCGUUCGAAAUCUUAGAAAUAAAAAGAAGUGGCUGGUGGCAUUUACUUAUGUCUAUGCGUUUGAGCUUGGUGACAAGGUUUCACCGGUGUCGCUCCUGAAGGAUUAUGUAAGUCACUCAAAACAAAUUGCCAAGCAAAUACUUCAUGCUGGAAAUAGUUCGUACGAAGCCCAAGCGAAGGCUAUAAAGUAUGAAAUACAUGUACUAAGAAAUGCAAUUAGGCAUAUUGUGUAUCAUGGUCUUCAGUCUGAAUAUUCACCUUCCUGUCUUGAACGGCAGAUCGAAAGACUUGAAUAUCAGGUAUCAAGCUUGAGGCGAUCAAACUCAAAGUGGGACUUUACUGCUAAGUUCCAACGAGGUAAAACAAAUAAAGGCACUUGCGGAUCUUCUCCAAUUGCUCAAGUGCGAAAAGGGUUCACGAAGAAACGUUCUGCCCCAUCUGGCAACACUGAUGUUAUCCACAGGGCUCAACAAAAACAGUAUUUUAAGCGCCAUUGUCAUUUAUCCAUCUGAGGAGAUGAGUUGUAUCAAGUGUUAUAUUGACAGACAAACUUUUACAGUAGUGUUCUUUAAAGCAUUGUGGGUGCACUUUGUUGAGGAAUAUUUUGAGGGGGUAAGAAGAGACGGGUGAGGUGUGGGGAUAACAUUUUGAGAUUUAACUUUACCAAACAUGUAUAUAGUAUCUUGCCAGCAGGGGGUAAACAAUUCAACAAAUCCGAUACUAUUGGAUGGACUCGAGAUUCAGGAGGGACUUGCGAGAUUGGAAGGUUUCAGAAUUUCAUUACCUGACUUUAUUGGUUCAUAAACAAGACACAUAAAAGGACUACCAUGAUAAUUGAUGGUGGGGGUGGAGAAUCAUCAAGUGUUUUCUAUUAGCUCAUGUUAUGAAAAACUUUUGACUAGGGAGGAGGUAGUUUCUGUUCGCAUCUCUGCUUGGAUACUGAGAAAGAGUUUGGUGGCCGAGAAUUUGUGGGAGAUUACUUGCGUUGGUUGGUGGCUACAUGUGUAAGGUCACAGGUGAUCGUAGACAUGGAUCAUGUUCCUCUACAUUGUAGGGAUGGUGUUCGACAUGGAAGUUAUCGAAGGGGUGCACUGUUGCUAGCCUCUCGUCCCUGGUUUCUUUUUGGUGCACCCAUGAGGUUCCUGGUUGUAUAGACAAUUGGGUGUGACUUGUAUAGUAUAUCUUUUCGUAGGUUCUCCAUGUUUUCGUAUACGUCUUGUCUUGUAUAUAAGUGGGUUUAACCUGAACUUAUUUAUAAAUGACUGACCUUUUAAAAGAAAUGCUCUGUGCAAACUUAUUUUGAGCUUAACAUCUUUAGAUGCUCGGUCAAGAAA